AUGGCAACGCUCAGUCCGGAUCCGGAACAGAUCGUCACCCUCCGCACCAGUGGCAGAGUCGCCAUCAUAACACUCAAUAACCCUCAGAAGCUCAAUGCCAUGAGACAGGAAGAUACAUUCCGCCUAUCCUGUCUCCUGCGACAGGUAGCGGCAAUGUCGGAAAUCACGGUAACAAUCGUCACCGGGAAAGGACGGUUCUUCUGCGCCGGCGGCGACGUGACAUCUCGGCGCCCCGGAAUGGAUGAUGACCACAGAAAGAAGACACAUGAGAUCCGCGAGCAGACUCUGCGCAGCUUCGUGGCCAACACAUUCGACGCCACUCAGUCCUUUUGCGCGCAUCCAAAAAUCUUAGUUGUCGGCCUCAAUGGGCCCGUGGUCGGGCUUCAUGCGGGCCUUGUAGGGUUCGCAGACUUUGUGUAUGCAGCGCCUCAUGCCUACCUUCUCGCUCCGUUCGCGAGUCUGGGCCUAGUCGCCGAAGGUGGCGCCAGUGUUGGACUCGUCCAACGCCUUGGUUUACCCCUGGCCAACGAAGCCCUCCUCACGUCCCGCAGGAUACCCUGCAAGAAGCUCCUCCAGUGCGGAUUCGUCAACAAGGUAUUCCGUGGAGAAAAUGACUCCGAUUCGGAUGGCUUUCUGGAACAAGUCCUCAGAGAAGUGAAUGAAAAAUUUGGCGAUCAUUUGAAUCGGGAAAGCGUGCUGAGGAUCAAAUCCUUGGUCCAACGGCCUGUCCUGGACAGAAUAGAGGCUCAGGCCGUUCGAGAAGUCGCCGACGGCAUGCAAAGGUUUGUUGACGGCGCACCUCAGGUGGAAUUCAAAAGGGUUGCCGAAGGCCGAAAGAGACAUAAGCUUUGA